AUGAGGCAAUUCAAGUUUCCCAAAACCAUCAAGCCAGGCACGUCGAACAGAAUUUACAUCCAGGGCAAAGGCCAUCCAGACGAUGCUGGUGAAGCAAGCUACAAAUUCAAAGACCUGCCCGGCGAUCCCGAUUUUGAGCUUAAAUACUCGUUCAGGAAGGCUGGCAUUCGAUUUACAAAACUUAGGACUCUCAACAACAAACGCGGCUCGUUUCACGAGUUGGCAUGGCAUUGGGACAAUAACUUUCCCUUUAUUAUCGCCAGCUCUGAGAGUGAUCCUCAAAAUCCUUCACUUUGGCCAUGGCUUGUCUCAUCCAACCCCCCUGAAGACUGGAUGCACUCCAUCUAUCCCCGGAUCGCAUGUCUUACGCUCCGAGAGCUGGCUAUGCCCGCAACACACAACUCAGGCUCGUCCCGCUUCCAUCGAAAGUCAUGGUUUGGCCAACCCGCGAACACCAAAGCUCAGGAGUACAACAUCUCAGAGCAGCUGAGAUAUGGUGCUCGCUGGUUUGACAUUCGUCCUUCCAAAACUGGUGGCAAGUGGGCAACUGGCCACUUUGGGUUCAGCCUAGGCAACUGGCAUGGAGGCAAUGGCGAGUACCUCGAUGACAUCGUUGAGGCCUUGAACUAUUUUACCAUGAGAAACAAAGAACUUAUCAUCCUCAACCUUAGCCACGGUGUAAACUCAGACACCUUUAGAGGCAAAAAGAACGUAUGGAUGACCCAAGAAGAAUGGAACGAGGUGAUGACGAAACUGACGAAGAUCAAUUACCGAGUUAAGAACCGGAGCUUUGUACGUGACAUUACGAAACUUCGGGUAUCUAAGCUCAUCCCGGACCGUGCCGCUGUUAUUAUUAUUGUAGACGAUUAUGUCCACAAGAAAAAGUUUACGGGUCUGGUUGAGAAGACCAUCCUAGUUCCAGUCGACCUUUCCGCAUUUGCAGACAAGGGGUUCUUUAAUCGAUCUCAGUUCCCUCUGUUCGACGAGUACUCCAAUACAAAACACCAGAAGAAGAUGACCGUCGACCAGUUAACCAAGAUGAAAAAGCAACGGAAAUCCCCAAAAUCGAAAAUGUUUCUUCUCUCAUGGUUUCUGACCCAGUGUACACACCCUAUCAUUCCAAAUGCCCAGCAUGCUAACCGAGCCCUCAUUGAGUUACUCUGGCCAGCAAUGUCUCCAUCGACGUAUCCAAAUCUCAUCAGCGUUGAUGCGUAUCCUAAAAAUGCAGACUUGGCAGCACUGGCAAUGGCAAUCAACUAUCACUUUGCUCCGCAAUGUGAAGUUUCUUCGGUGAACUCCACGGACUCAUCUUUUUCUGCCUCUUGGCCAUUCUCACCCAUGCACAACAAUCAUACCCCGUGCGCCGGGCAAGAUAAAAAAGCCAGCGUCAUCCAAGUAUAG